ACGGUUUGAUCAUUUGUCUCUGAUCUGCGGCGAAAAAGAUGGACACGAAAAUAAAGGUACCACAUGCCCUGAAAGCCAGAGUCAUGCUAUGGACGGAUGUAAGCUACCAUGACAUGGAGGAAAUUGACAAAUUACAGUCCAUUCCUGAUUUGGAGAGUGCUUUAUGCAGCGUGCUUGGAGUUGACCUCCCUGAACCAAAGAGAGGAGCUCUGCUGGAGCUUUAUGUGCAGACUGUGCUUUUUUGCAGAGAGCACAGCUACAAAAAGGAACAAACUUCUGCUCUCCUGUCCAUCAUCAAGUCCAUCCAUGAGGCCAACAUAGAAACUCCACUCCUCAACAUCGAACAGUGUCUGAAGUACUGCAAAGAGCUUCUGCUCUGUCACUCAGUCAGGCGGCCUCCAUUCAGUAUCAACCUCUUCAGCUCUACGGAGGCAAACUGUAUCUUAGAAUACAUCCACAGCAGCUACAUGAGACACUACAAACUCUACAAAUAUAUCUUUACCCCACAGGUUAAACUUGAUUUGUCUUUGACAUAUUCUGGGAUGGCUGAGCAUGGAACUGUUGAGGUUUCCUCGGUGCCAGCAGAUGUUGAAAAUGCGAUGGAGAAAGAAGCCGAAGCAGUACCAAAGAACGAAGGCUCUUCUGAAACGCAGGAAACAUCCAUCACGGAGCAGGAGGAAGCCACGUCUGGUUCCACGUCAGAACUGAAGGCACUGAUAGAGCGAGAAGUCAGAGAGCAAAUGAUGCACAUGUCUGAGCAGCUCGAUCACCGAAUGAAAGAAAUGUCACUUCAGCAUCAGUUAGAUCCUUCACAGCCCAACCACAAAGCCAAAAAAUAACAGUUACCAUAG